GCUGGGUGCUGGGGGUGGCUGUGAGGAAGGCUAGUCGCAACAAACAGCAGGAUCGUGUGUUUAACAAGUGAAGCCUGAUAAGCUCUCGAAUCUCUUUCAGAGAUGUACCAACCAACCCUGCUGGCGCUGGCCGUGCUGCUCUGCUCUUCACUUUUGGCAAAUGGAGGGAAAGUAUUGGUGUUCCCUUUAGAUGGAAGCCACUGGGUCAACAUGAAAAUCCUCAUUGAGGAGCUUCACUCCAGAGGCCAUGAAGUCACAGUGAUGCAUUCAUCGGUCAGCUGGUACAUCAAGGCAGAGUCAAAUCACUACAAGUCCAUCACUAUAAAUUCCUCGAAUGGUUUGGAGGAGGAAGAUUUUGGGUCAUUUGUAGACACAAUGUUGAACAUGCAGCGGGAAGGCGCCUCAAUUUGGACUCGUAUGUCUGUGGAGUAUGAAAUUAUGACACAGUUCUAUGAGAUGCAUAGGCAGAUGGUGGAGAUGAUGGUUGAUGUGUUUGAGAACAAGAAAUUGAUGCAGAGCCUCGAUGACGCCAAAUAUGAUUUGGUUCUGACGGAUCCUGCAAUAGCUGGAGGGGUGUUUCUGGCUCACCGUUUGGGUCUUCCACUUGUCUUCAAUGCGAGGUGGACUAUUCAGGGUGAAGCACAUCUUGCAAUUGCUCCUUCCCCAUUGUCUUAUGUCCCAAUCCCAACAGCAGAGCUGACUGACAAGAUGACAUUUUCUCAGCGGGUCAAGAACUUCCUUUUCUAUUUCUUCACACGUAUCCAAGUUACGUGUAUUGCAGACCCAAACUAUCACCCAUUUGUCGAUCGCUAUUUCGGUCCCAAUGUCCACUACAUGGAGCUGUUCCAAGCAGCAGACAUCUGGUUGAUGAGGAAUGAUUUUAUUUUUGAGUUCCCACGACCCACAAUGCCAAACGUCGUCUACAUGUCAGGAUUUCAGUGCAAACCCUCCAAGCCCCUCUCUAAAGAACUAGAGGAUUUUGUCCAGAGCUCUGGUGAACAUGGCAUCAUUGUUAUGACAUUAGGCACCCUGGUGGCAAAACUUCCUGAAGACAUGACUGAGGACAUUGCUGCUGCCUUUGCCCAACUCCCUCAGAAGGUUAUCUGGAAGCAUAAAGGCAAAAGACCAUCAUCCCUUGGCAACAACACCUUGAUUUUGGACUGGCUGCCUCAAAACGACCUGCUGGGUCAUCCUAAGACCAGAGUGUUUGUAGCCCAUGGAGGCACCAAUGGUGUUCAGGAGGCCAUUUACCACGGUGUUCCCCUGGUCGGCCUUCCUCUCAUGUUCGACCAGCAUGACAACUUCUUCAGGAUGAAAGCAAGAGGUGUGGCCAAAGUGUUGGACAUUUCAACUCUGAACAAAGACAACUUCCUGCAGGCACUGAAGGAGGUGCUCUAUGAGCCGUCCUACAGGGACAAGAUGAAGGCGCUUUCAAACCUACAAAGAGAUCAGCCCAUGACACCCAUGGAUCGUGCCAUGUUCUGGAUUGAGUUUGUCAUGAGACACAAAGGAGCUCCACAUCUAAGGACAGAGUCUUACAAGAUGUCCUUUAUCCAGUACCACUCAAUUGAUGUGGUGGCACUUCUAUUGGCAGUUAUUCUGCUAGUUGUGACCAUUUUCAUUGCAGCAGUUAAGUUUUUGUGGCGAAGGGUGUUUUCUAGAAGCAAAGUUAAAAAUGAAUGAUGAAUGUCCUGCAAUAUAGUUGUGAUACUCUCCAUUUUUCUGGAAGCUAAUUUCUUAAACAGAAAUCAAGUUAAAUUUGUUCUGUUUUGUAUUUUGAGUCUUGAAAAUUGCAUAAGCAGUCUUGCACUGGCAUCUGCAGUCCUCAUUAUACGAAGCAGCACGCCCUGACAAAUCUCAAAUAGUUCAGUGACCUCCAUCAAGGUGGUGAAAUUUUCCAUCCUGUUUUUGCUUUUUCUGUUUUUUUGUGUCCUUUUGUCAUUUAGCAUGGUAUCCCAAAUCUUUGGCAGAUUUUAGAACUUCAGUCAAGUGAUCAAUUCUUAGGUUAAAUCGAGGUACAUUUAAAAAAGUACUUAAUGCAAGUUUUUUUUUAUCCUCAUGAAAGACUACAUUUACUUGAAUAAAAUGAAGCAUAUUUUAUUAAAAUUGAUAUAUGUCUAUGAGUUGAACUGGGUAUUAAUUCAUUGUUGUUUAUUGACUUUAAGUGAAAUACCAUUUGCAAUGAUAUGCUCUUAACAUGUUAUUGUUCCACCAAAUUUCUGUUGUCCAAAUGAAUUAAUUUGAGCAAUUUGUAGUUAGAAAACAAAAACCUGUUUAAGUUUUCCCUUUUAAAUAUGAAGAGUUUGGUCUUGUGUAAUGCAUAAUAACUUAUUGCUUGGAACAUUUUGAUUAUUUUAUGUGACUUUGUAAAUAUUUAAAGAAUUAAAGGUAUUCAUUAUGAUAAACUUUAAAAUAUCACAUAUGCUGAUUUGGGUAAAGGAAAAAUCUGUGUCCUUGCUGCUCCUUGUAAAAGUUUCCCUAAAUCAACUGAUCAUGAAACUACAUAUGUGGACAUUAAAUACCAGCAUAUCUAUUUCUUUUCAUGGCAACUACAACCAGUCCUCUUAGAUUUGGCUGUAAUCCUGCAAAACAAGUGCAAGUUUUGGGACUGAAAAACAUUUCAGGUGGAUUUGUAAACUUGGGUUGGUGGUUAAGAUGAUUACAAGACUUUUCAUCUUGAUAAGAUCCUCAACCAUGUGAAGAACUAAACUCUAAUCUAGUUUAAAAUAUCUUACCAAGGAAUGGGACCUCUGCAAGAUGGCAAGUCAUGUCUUUAUAUAAACAUCAACAUGAGUUUGUGAAUUAGUUCAGUUUCUCUAUGUCAAUCAGUACUCAGCAGUCACUUUAAGACUUCAAGAACUAGAGCUACUGUAUAUUUAUUGCAGAUCAGAAAUAAAAUAAGGUGGAAGGAAGAAGGAAGAACUCAUACCAGUUUUGCAUGGCUACAGUUAAAUCUGAGAUUUGAGUUCAAUAUACAAAAAAACAUUUUUAUUGAUCUGUUUUUAUUUUCAUGGUUGAAAUAAAUAAAUAAAGAAUGUCAAAUUCUAAGACAACA